AUGGCGAAUUCGCAACAGCCGAGAAUUGAUGGCAUCCUGAACAUCGACAAGCCGUAUGGCAUAACUUCGAUGGAUGUCGUGCGCCGCCUGAAGCGAGCAUCAGGGCAGCGGCGUGUAGGUCACGGCGGCACGCUUGAUCCAAUCGCCACGGGCGUCUUACCGAUUUGCUUUGGGCAGGCGACGCGCCUGAUGGAGAAUGUGGUUGGAGGCUCCAAGACCUAUCUCGCAGCCGUUGAGCUAGGUGCAUCUACGGACACAUACGACGCGCUUGGCGAGAUAACUGAACGGGGCGACACUUCCGGCAUUACUCCUGGCGAUGUGGAGCGCGCAGUCUCGGCGUUUGCCGGAGAGAUCCAACAGGUGCCGCCAAUGUACAGCGCGCUUAAGCGUGAUGGCAAGCGUCUUUACGACUUGGCGCGAGCCGGCGUCGAGGUCGAGCGCGAACCCCGCUCCGUUGUGGUGCAUGACAUCGCCCUGAAGGACUGGGCGCCCCCUGUGGCAACGCUUCAGGUGGACUGCGGCAAGGGCUUUUACAUGCGCUCCCUUGCGUACGACCUCGGGCAGGCAUUGGGCUGCGGCGGUCAUCUGAAGACGCUUGCCCGCCUGAGAAGCGGCAUAUUCACGGUCUCGGAUGCUCUGUCCCUCGAUGAAGCCGAGGAGCGCUUCGCCGACGGGAGCUGGCGUGAAGUCAUCCAUUCGCCGGAUGCGGUUCUGGGUGAAAUGCGCGCCCUGAUCGUGGGCAACCGCCUCGAGGAAAUGAUACGCAACGGCCGCGCGUUCACCGAAGGGGGCACGUCUUCGCAAGCGCAGUCCGGGGAACGCUGCCGCGUCUAUACAACCGACGGGCGCUUUCUUGCGAUUGUGAUUUUCGACGCCGAACUGCGGCAAUGGCGGCCUGACAAGGUGUUUGCCUUGAACUAUGCUGAACCUAUUGGCGUCUUCUAA